ACACCAGCGUUUGGAUUCGCAUCUUUCCACUUCAAGCGUGUUCAAGUGACCCACAGUUAAAAAUUCAUUUCCAAAACUAUAGGGCAGAGAGGUUUAUGAAAUAAGAACACCAUCUAACCUACCUCCACAAAAGAGCUUUCUGUAAAAGUACUGUUUUAGAAGGGGUUGUAAUGGCAGGUACAGCAAUAAGACUGCGACAAUUUGUAGAUACAUCACCACAAAUGCCUCCAGGGUAUAUUCUACAUCAGGGAAAGGAUGUCGUUGGUUACUAUCCAGGGCAAACGGCAAGGGUUCAUUAUGAAUAUCCUCCUGAAAGUGAGAGAAGGUAUGAAAUAAAAAUGCAGACAGUCCCAGUAAAACGUGAAACUGUACUUCAGCAUGACUAUGACUAUUUAGUUCUGAAGCAAUAUAUUCACUACCAGAGGACCAAGAAGAAAGUCAGUGACUGGUGUACAACAACAACAACAUACAGAGAAGCAUUCACAUUACCAUUUUACAAAUCAGACAUUGCUGAGGAUUAUCAUCCAAAAUCUGAUGCUGAAUCACAGUCUGUUUGGAAAAGUUUUUCAGCAAAGAAGAAAGACAAAGCUAAACCUUCAUUUAUGGGAGUUUGAUAAAUCCUUUCAGCCAAGCUGUGUGUUUUUCUAAAACACAUGCACACACCGAAAAACAAGAUGGAAUAACCUUUCAAGACUGCCGCCCACAAAAGUACUAAAGAUGACUUCUUAUACUAUAUGGAUAGUGUUGCAAUUUUAAAUAUGUUCUGAACUGCUUUGAACACUUCUGAAACUUGAUUUUAGAGAUGGAAAAGCUUGACGGUAAUAGGUAUCAAAAGGGGGGGGCGACAUUUUUUUGGGGGGGACAGCCUUUCAGUGCUGCAACUGCAAAGCACAGGCAGAAGUUAAUCAGUGUUACAAAAGGCCUCUUCUCUUCUCUUCUCUUCUCUCCUCCCCCCCCCAAAAAAAAUUGACCAUGGCUUCUUUGUCCCAGAAAGGCAGGAGUAAAAAGCAAUGGGAGGUGUACUUAGAUCUUACUUAGAUCACUUCUGUCCCCUAUGCAUAUUUCCAGAGAACUUACUAGGAAUAUAUUCACUUCUGAGUGCCCCCGCCCCUGCCCCGCAAUAGUGCACAAUGCAGGGCAAAAUAAAUCAUACUAGGACUUAAAUGGGGGAAAGGAAUAGGAUUCCAUCCCCUCUUCCACCCCCAUUAGAGCAAUACCGCUCUUCUUUCACCUUGCUCUGGAGAUGUGGAAGCAACCAGGAUGGUCAAGCUAGAGAGACCAGAAGCUUGAAUGAGAUUACUGUUUUGUAUAACUCUGCAAACUGCUUCCUCUUUACCCAUACUAGAAUGUUUAACACUGGAAAUACAUGAGAUGCAGGGUAUCAUAUAUAGACCUAUCCCAAUUUUUGCAAUACAGGAACACCCACAGGUCACUGGAAGAAGCAACUGUUCAAAGCUGUAAGGAAAAGUUGAGGGAUUGAUACAACGUUGUUUUAGGGC